AUUUACAAACACACCAGAGCAUCAUGUCAUUAGUCUGAGGAUAAGGGGACCUGCAUUCAGACAUGGCUGUUGUAAUAUGGUAGGCUACAUGAAAUUACAAACGUCCAUGAAAUCCUAUUUAGUUUGAAACUAUGAGGACACUCGAAUAUGUCCAGACUUAAUAUAGCCUGGUACACCCCUUACUAUAUGUCCCCCGUCGUCGCAUCUGAGAACUUCUUCUUCUGAGCCAAUCAUCAGGACGCAGCUGUGUAUGGCAUUUAACCCACUGUCGCACAGUGAACGGACGAGCGCGAGGAGGAGGGACCGCCGGUUAAUAACCCAACUGCACUGCAUCUGUCAUCCUCAUGGUCUCCCGACGUCUCCGGCAGCAUGUAGACUGGCUCCUCUAGUGCCACUGCGGAGAGAGAAAUGGCAUUAGAAAAAUAUUCUCUAAUUUUGACACUAUCUAUGGAUGCAGAGUAACCUGAUGUUCCACAGCUGUAUUUGGGAGUCUUGGUUAAUUGUGUUCAGUCUAUCGGUGCACGCGCUACACGCUGCGCACUUUGGAGGUGGUGACAGUCAAACUAUGUUAGCUGUUGUCUCAACCAGUGUAAUCUAAGGAAUUAAUCGUUAUACAGGACUAUACACCAGCAACACGUACCCAGAACCGUGGAGCGUGACUCCCGCUGGAUGUAACGUUGAGCGGAGUGACGCGGGUCGUGUGCGGGCGAAUAGAGCCGUGGCGGAGCAAACGCACGAAGUCCAAAUUCCAUCUCCCUUUCCGUGUCCCCGUGCCUCUUCCCGCCCCAUAACGGAGAUGUUGUUCCUCGGAAUACUGCUCAGCAUCUUCAUACAAGAUGUGGUCACCUCCUUGCCGCCCCUCCCCCCAGACAUUAUGGACUGUGUGGAGGCAGAGAGUGGGUGUAAAGCAGAUCCCCAGUGCAAGGAGUUGUACAGCACCUUGCGGUCCUGUGUGUCUGAGGAGGAGGUGGCUCUGCAGGGGAGCAAGGCCAGGAUAGGGUGCCUGGAGGCCCUGAGAGCCCUGCACUACCCCCCCCUGUUGGCCUGCAAGUGUCAGCGCGGCGCACGCAGAGAGGAGCACUGCCUCCGAGUCUACUGGAGUGUCAGGAUCCUGCAGAGUUAUGAGGACUUGGAGGCGUCUCCCUAUGAUGACUCGCCAGUGGAAAUGUCUCACAUGGCCUCCAUAGUGGCCGCAGCCUCCUCUCUUCCUCUAGAUGGACAGAACGCAUGUCUGAAGGCAGCCCAGGACUGUGGUCUGUAUGAGAAAUGCGGGUCCCUGAGGUCUGAGUACGUCCUGGCCUGCACUAAGCCCGUCCCAGGCUCGGACCACUGCAACAGGCAGAAGUGCCACCGGGCGCUGCGACGCUUCCUGGAGCGUGUCCCAGGGGAGUACAGCCUGGGGUUGUUGUUCUGCCCCUGUACUGACAAACUGUGUGGGGAGAGACGCAGGAAGACCAUCGUCCCUUCCUGUUCCUACCAGGAGAGAGACGGGGAACAGCCCAACUGUCUGCAUCUGCAGAGCUCCUGCACGAGGGACCAACUCUGCAGGUCCAGACUGGCUGAUUUCCAGCAUAACUGCCAGUCCUCCGACCACUCCCCCUCGGGCUGUUUCAGAGAUAGUGGAACAGUGUGCCUCAAAUCCUACGCCGGACUCAUCGGCACCAUCAUGACCCCCAACUACCUUAGCAACAGCACUAUGGACGUGGCCCUGUGGUGCAAUUGUGAGGGCAGUGGUAACCAAUGGAAGAACUGCCUGAAGAUCCAGAACAUGUUCACCAAUAACGUCUGUCUGGCGAAAUCCAUAAGUACCAUGGGUAGCUCCCCACCUCGGCCAGUGGAGAGCAUUCUUCCCCCUUCCCCUCGCCCCUCCCCCCUGGACCAGCAGAACAAACUCAGCAGCAACGCCCAGGAUGAGCUCAGUAACAACGCUGUGGAGCAAAGUGAGGAAGAUGAGGAAGAGGAGGAGGGGGGUCAGUUUGACGUGAUCCCUCUCUAUGCUGAGAAGGCCACUGUGUCCAAUCUGGGUUCUGGGGGUGGGGGGGUGUCCCCCCGUCUGUCCUCAGCCCCCCCUCCCUCCCUGCUGCUGCUCCUUCUGCUACUGUCUGCCUCUCUGAGCUGGGGGUAAGGAGGGGCGGGGCCCUUGCACACAGACACAGAGACUCUGAGAAAGGCACAGAGAGAGAGAGGAGGGAGAAAAUAAGAGAAGAUAAAGGACCUCUAGUGUUUAUUGCUUCCUUCCUUCUCUCUUCCUUUUGAGACAGUCUUGUACAGUCUGUUUUCUUUUUUUUGCUUCACCUCCCACUGUCAGGUGAUGGUUUUGCCCGAUGGAGACUUUUUGUGUAUGACAGACAUAGAGGUGAACCAACUCCACAGUGACAGAGGGGGGUUGAACUGAGUGACUUGAUAUAUGAUAUGUGAGUAAUUUCCUCCUUUGGUGAAGACGUGACAGGUUACCAUGAGUCCGAUGGCGCUUUAGUAUAUCCAAGCUUCACUCUGUCCAUUCAUACCUCUGUACUCUCCAGUGAUGGAGAAGUGCUUACAGUCAGUGUUAGGAAGGAAUGUACACUGAGUAUACCAAACAUUAGGAACACCUUCCUAAUAUUGAGUUGCCCUCAGAACAGCCUCAAUUCGUUGGGGCAUGGACUCUAGAAGGUGUCGAAAGCGUUCCACCGGGAUGCUGGCCCAUG